AGGAACUUUCUUAAGUAUAACUGUCUUUCAUACUUCAAAGUGUUCAGUUCUAUUUCAGGCUGCUCCGAACUCAACGCUAACUCCAGAAGAGACAUGUGCGUUGUGUCAAACAGCACUUCGCACUGUCUUUGGACACUUUGGAGCGAACAUACCCAGUCGAAGAAAACUCGUCCAUCAGCUUAAACACGAAUGCAAACGACAUUUCAAUUACCGCAGACGAUGUCUCUUGCUGAUGAAACAGCACUACAAUAUGGUAUUCCUAGAAAUGACGGAUGGCUCAUUCACCCCAAUGCAAGCAUGCUUAAACAUGAAGGUGAGUAAACAAUAA